AUGUCUAAUAGACCCCUGACGCAAAAAGAGUUAGAAGAGCUUGUGAACACGAUUUGGGAUUCUGAUUCAGACGAGUCAUUCAUAGAACCUUGUCCAGGCUCUGACAGUGAUUCAUAUCAACCAUCGGAUUCUUCAGAAACCGACUCGGACGAUGAUAUUGGUGACUUAUCGAGAGCAAGUAAAAGGAAACAAAGGUUACGGAUUCCAUCAUGUAAUGGAGCCAGCACGAGUCGUGCACCUGAAUCUGUAACCCAAACUAACCAAAACGAACCUGAAGCUGAAAGUUUGGGGAAGUCUGCUUCAUCGGAAAUGCCGGCGCCGGUGCCUACUGUUUCAACAUAUGACAACAAUCGAGCUAUCGCUGGUGAUAAGUUUGCUAAAAUAAAACCUUUGCUAGACAAACUCCUGAAGAAUUAUAAAGAUCUUUAUACUCCUGAAGAAUAUGUAUGUGUUGAUGAGACUAUGUUGCCUUAUAGAGGAAGAUUGUCUAUAAAACAAUACAUAAAAUCGAAAAGACACAAGUAUGGUAUCAAAUUAUUUAAGUUGUGCUCAGGAACAGGAUACACAUAUAAUAUCAAAAUUUACGCAGGCAAAGAAAGUGGCGAACGAAUAACUCCAGAAGGUAUUGUAACAUUUCUUACCCAAGAUAUUAUAGGUCUCGGCAGAACCUUAGUAACAGACAAUUGGUAUACGAGUUUACCUUUAGCUAAAAGGAUGCUCGAUUCUAAUACACACCUCAUUGACACGAUACGCAAAAACCGCAAGGGGCUACCAAAGGAAGUUGUAGACAAAAAACUUAAAAAAGGAGAAGUUGCGGCCAUGGAGAACAAAGAUGGGAUAACAUUACUGAAGUGGAAAGACCAAAGGGAUGUGCUUGUACUGUCUACAAAGCAUGAUGCUGAAAUGGUAGAGAGAAGUAACAACAGAAUACCUAAAGUCGUCUUCGAUUACAAUAGCGGAAAAAGUUCUGUGGAUCUCUCUGAUCAAAUGGGAUCGUAUUCUAAUCCUCUUCGAAGAUCUGUCAAAUGGUAUCGCAAAAUCGCAUUUGAGCUUUUGCUUACAACUUCCAUGGUCAACGCUUUUAUAUUAUAUAAGAAUGUUACCGGAUGUAAUAUCAAGAUUACGCACUUUAAAAAGGAAGUCAUAAGAUAUCUUAUAAAUACUGCUAACAACGAGAACAUUGACCAUGAACUACCGACAAAAAGACGACGACACCAUUCUCUAAAACGAAAAGAUGGCGAAAAUAAGCAUAAAACAAGAAGAUGUUGUAAGCAUUGUUAUAAAAAAAAUAACGAGCUUCAUGGUGGGAAAUAUGCUACCAAUCGUACACUCAAAGUAGACACCUACUGCGAGGAUUGCGAGGGAAAACCAUUUUUAUGUUUGAAUUGUUUCAAUGAAAUACAUCAAGGGUAG